UAUGUUUUUUUUCCAGAAGCAGAUAUGUAUCCAUUACCACCGAGCCUAAAAAUGAUCCUUUCUUUCUCAGAAAACACAUUAUUAACAUCUAACAAGGAAAUGAAUACCUGUUUCAAGAUUGGAACCUAUAAAUAAUCCCAAUAUACAUCACAGAAAGAUAAUCUGGCAGCAUAAGCAGCAUCCAACAAAUGGUUGAACCUUACUCAAAAAAAGAAAAAGAGGAAAAAGAAACAAGGGAAAUGUGUAUAUUUGUCAUAUGCUUGUCAAAUUAUUAUAACAAUGCAUUAAUGUCAGAUAUGAUUAGUUGUAUAUAGUUUUUGACAAUAAAAUGACAAACAACUUAUUAAUUUUUAUUCCACAAGGAUUGUGUACCGAACAAUCUGGCUAUGUACUUGGCAAAGUGGUAUAUGAUGCACAUAGUAACUUGAAAAAAUUUUAUAUUAUUAGUUUGCAUAAAGAAGGAAGGAACUCCUCAGAAUUAACAAAAUGUACAUUAGACACUAUUGGAUAUUACUCCAAUAUAAACAAUGAGGCCAAAGAAUUUUGGAACCAUAAACAUUUAGACUGGGUAUACAUUACAAGGAUAGAACAAAGUUUCAAGACUAAACAGAAUGCGUAUUAUCUGACAAAUAUCAUUCUUAACAAUAGAACAGUAGAUCUGUCAACAACAUGUGCAACAAUUGUUUUGUACGAUCACCAAGCAUUGCGAGAAACAGAAUUGUUUGAGAGCAAGGCUGCAUCAGGCGAUCAUUUUUAUGAGCUUGCAAAGCUGAUACAAAACAUGAAAGAUGAAUUGAGGAUUAAAUCUAAAUUCGCGUGCAUUUGGGAAAUGCUGUUGACUUAUUACAUAUUCUUCUACCUAUAUCCUGUUUUAUGGCUGUCCAAAAUAACAGAGAAAUUAUUGCCAGUCUUAAAGUACUCUUCCCUUGGUUUGCAUGUUCACAGCUGGUUGGAAAAUCUUAAAUGGAUGCUGAUCACAAUCUUGCACGACAAGAAUUUUAAGCUGAAAACAGGAAAUUAUGCAUUGGCAAUUAUAAUAGAUAUAGCACUGGGAAUCUUUGUAUUAAGAUUAUUGCAAUAUUAUAUUGAGGACCAGCCAUCACAACUACUUCUAAACAAUGCAGAAAUAGUUGUAGAAACACUGAGAGAUCUAAUUAAUUGGUUGAUGGGUGUACCAGCUGGACUGAAGCUUAAUCAUGCUCUGAAUAAUAGCAUGGGCAAGUUCUUUUUGUAUCACAUACAACUCUGGUGGACAUUGACCUUUCUAAAGCCGCUUCUAGACUUUGCAUUUAAAAUAUUGCUUUUAUUCGGAAGGUUGGGUGUAACAUUUCAAAUAUCUAUCAUCGCGGAUCUUUUAGCUCUUGUCAGCUUUCACACAUAUUGUAUCUACGUUUAUGCAGCAAGACUCUUCAAUAUACAGUUGAGAGGAAUCACGGCUCUUUUUAGACUAUUUCUCGGGAAAAAGAAAAAUCCUCUACGAGAAAGAGUAGACUCUUGUCAGUAUCAAACAGAUCAAUUAUUUGUUGGGACGCUAUCAUUUACAAUUCUUUUAUUUUUAAUGCCAACAACUUGGGUAUAUUAUACUGUAUUUACACUGCUCAGAUUGGUAUUAAUAGGAUUCGGUGGUUUUUUAACCAGAUUGAAAUUUUAUCUACAAAUUAUGCCUGUUUAUACUUUCUGGAAAUGGUUAUUGCAAUCUCAUAGCACAUGUAGCACUGUUGAUAUCAGAUUGCAAUCUCAUUGCAUGAAAGGAUUGACUAUAUUAUCAAUGACUAUGGUUGUUGCUCCUUGGAGACUUACAUGGAAAAAAUGUAUCGCAGACACAAUUAUUUGCCAUCCGUCUAUUGAAUGGUACACAAUAUUAAACAAUAUUAUAUGGGGUAAAUUAUUAUAAAAUUAUAUAAAAAAUAAAACCAGUAUAAUUACAUAUAUAUAUAUAUAUAUGAAAGGAAAAAGUGUGUAUGGAAAACAGUGUGGGACUGGUAAAGUAUCUAUAAGUAAUAGAAUUUUAAAAAUAUGUAAUUUGCAAUUAUCAGCUACAUAUUUUUUU